AGGUUUAUUUACUUCUUUGCUGAAGCCUGGAAUAAGAGCAGACAGAUCUGCAGAAGCUGAGGGGAGCAGAGACACAAGAACCAUCAAGUGACAGAUGGAAGCAACUCAUGAAAAUGAGAUAAGACGAUUGAUUUGUCCAAAGCCAAAGCAGCGGCAGAAGAAGAAUGAAAGUGACGGGAUGAGAUCUCUUUCAGAGACACCCAUGCUUCUUGGUUCCCAGCGGUUUCAAGACCAAGGCCUGAGACGUAAAGCUGUUUCUCAGGAUAACAUUAAAGUAAGAAGCCAUUCUCGACCCAAUGCCAUGGAAAGCAAACCUAAUGAUCCAGACCUUGAGCUACACCCUCAGCCCAGUCGAUGCUUUUCGGCAGAAGAAGCAUUACGCGUCAUCAAGUCCAUCUUGGAUGCAGAGCUGAAGGACUGUGCUUAUGAUGCCACCACAAGCCAACACAGAGCAAUGGAGCUUGCUGAGUUAGUAAAGACAGCAGUGAGAGAUCUUGGAUAUGAGCGGUACAAACUUGUCUGCUUUGUUGUAAUGGGUCCAGUAUCACAAGGCACUAUAUACUGUUGCAGCAGAAGUUUAUGGAGUCCAAAUUCAGACACAUCCGCAGAAUAUCUGUUCCAGAAUCAUUCUCUGUUUGCACUAUGCGUGGUGUAUGCUGGAUACUAUGAAUGACAACUUCUAUUGGACUAGGGUAUGG